AUGGCGACGCCGACGCUCCCCUCCGACCUCGAGCUUCGCAAGGCGGAGGCGGAGAAACGCAACCGCGCGGUGUGGAAGUACAUCGCGCCGGAGAACGACGUCACGCCGACGUGGUCGUACGGCCAGGAGAAGCUCGCGUAUUACCCCCCCGCGCCCGGGACGAUCGACACGAAGCACCGAAAGCAGUCGGGGGAGUUCAUGCAGUUCGCGAACAAGGCGCUCAUGCUGGGGGUCGACCUGAAGGCGACGUCCGCGGGGGGGUCGAGCGGCGGCGCGAAGUCUCGGACCGCGCCCGGGGGGGGCGAGAAGAAGUAGGCGUGAUGACGAGUAGAGGUCGCGAUUCGCGAGAUAGCAACUAGGAGCGCGUCGUCGCCGCGAGGGCGCGAGCGAACGAAAUAAAACUAACUGGCCGUU